AUGAGCCAUUUCUCAGUUCCUGCCGAGAUUUUGGUCCAAAUCUUCGAGCUCGCUAUCGAUGACGAUGGCCUGUUCAACCAUACCCUUCCCACCGUCAUGUCAGAAUCUUGUUGGGAGCUGGAUCGGUACGAAGAUCAAUGGACGCUCAUCAGCCCUGUGAACGCAUUGCAUAGGAAGCAGCAGAGGACAUAUGCUGCGAUCAAGGCAUUACUGUACACCUGUCGACAAUGGUAUCGCGUUGGCUAUCAUCUUCUCUUUCGGUUCUUAUUCGUCGUGGAGCCCUCGAAACUACCCUCCCUCUGUUUUGCUCUUGAUCGCAAUUCCUCGCUCGGGUGGUAUGUUAGGCGCCUGCAUAUUUAUCGUUUCUAUGCUACGCGUCGGAGUACACUCUCAGAGCUUGAAGUUAUGGUCGUUUCGAUCAUACACCAGUGUCCCAAUCUCGAGUCAUUUACAGUGGAUUGGCCUAUAGCGCCUUCAUUCUUCCCUAUCGCUGACGCGCUAUGCACGUUUUCGACGAAAUCACUCCGCUCUAUACACUGGUCUCUCACUCCAGCUGCGCUUCCGAGGCUUAUCUGGGCGCUGGACUCCUUGCCCUCGUUGGUGUCAGCCUUUAUCAAUUUGGAUCCCCCACCCCAGUCUACACUCGUUGGCGAUGCUGACGAUAAGACCUUGCUCCUUGGGUCGGCUGGUGGCCUGGCAAUUACAAUGCCAUCUCUCAAGCAACUCGACCUCCGUGGUGUAUCCACCGACUUUUUGGAACAACUCAUUGGUUGGACGCUCCCUGUACUGGAAUCCUUCUCACUCGAUUUCGUCGCUCAGCGUCAUGUUCUCCCCGACAUCAUCGGAUUCCUCAAACAGCAUGGCUCCGGCCUCACCUUUCUCGACCUGAAUACCAUCCCCGCUUUUGAUCUUUCUUCUGUUCUCGAUCUCUGCCCCGUCCUGACGACGUUCUGCUUCAAUCCGGACUGGCGUCUUCCUUUUCACGCGGAGGCCAACAGCGCGAAUCCCAACGCGCCUCAACCGACGCUUCUGCGCACGCCGCACGCACACAUUACGCACAUAGGGCUGCAUCAACUCCUGCACGCGUUUACGCCUUCAGUACCACGUGGCAUGGUGCCGAUCCUCAGUCCCGUAGCAACGUAUCUCAUUCAGCGCACGAACGACCUCACGUUCACCCAGCUCACACGGCGGUUCUUGCCCUCGCUCAAGGUGAUCCGUGUGCUCAACCGCACGCUACUUCGUGAGCUGGAAAAGAGCGACGGACCCGAGCACAAAAAUGGCUGUUUUGACCGGUGGCGGAGAUGGGAUGAGCAGUGUCGGAGGGAAGGCGUCAGGCUCGAGGAUUGUACUGGGGCGCUGCUGGGAGAUCUGCCUGAUUAUGAAGAGGAGGAGAGUGACAGCGAGGACGAGGAGGACGAGACAGUGCAGCCUUCGAAUGUAUCAGAGCUAAAGCUUCUCCUGGAGGAGUGCAGGAAGAUGACGCUAGGGAGGCAGGAACCCAUGAUAUUUCCUCCACCGCCUAUGCGGUGGUGA